AUGAUGGAUUACCCCAUCAAGCCGACGAAGCCUGGUUUGGAGGAAUCCUCGGAAGAGAUUCUUAGGAUCCGAAUUACUCUGACUUCGAAGAAUGUUAAAAAUCUUGAGAAAGUUUGCGCUGAAUUGAUUCGUGGUGCAAAGGAGAAGCAUCUCCGGAUCAAGGGGCCAGUGAGGAUCCCCACCAAGGUCCUUCGCAUCAACACCAGGAAGUCGCCUUGUGGAGAAGGAACCAACACAUGGGAUCAAUUCGAGCUCCGCAUUCACAAACGGGUCAUCGACCUCUUCAGCUCUCAGCAGGUUGUCAAGCAAAUCACAUCAAUUACUAUUGAGCCUGGCGUGGAGGUUGAGGUCACCAUUGCCGACACCUGAAGUUGGAGGCUUAUCAUGUGUUUCUGUUCAAGGCAUUUCUUGGGUUGGCAUAAGUAGGGAUUGCAUAGCUUUGUGGAUUUUCGAGUUGCUGAUUUCAAUUUUUCUUAAACUCGAGCUUUGAGAAGCACACUUUUAGAAUAAAAUUUUCUGCAACGAAG